AAGGAGGGGCUGGCCCAGCAGAUCGAAAUCUCCUCCUUUUCUUCAACCUGAUGACGAUCUAAGCUCCUUCAAUGGUGUUGCUACAAUACCCACUUUGUUGUUUGUCCUAUAAUAAUAAUAAUAAUUAUUAUUAUUAUUGGUUUUAGUUCUAGGUACCUUUUUUGGCUUCACAUAGUGCAAGUCCUAAAGGUUCUCAAUUUUUAUUUUCUCUGAAGUUGUUGGUGCCUUGAAUGGUAGAAUCCAUGUGGGAUUCUUAAGCGGAGGUGCUCAGAGGAUGUGGGUGUGAGGAAUGGGAACCAAAGUCCAGAAUCUGCCAGGAUAUUACUCAAUGAGAGAUCUUAAUGAGGACUCUAGCAGUUGUGGCUGGCCCCUAUUUUAUGUGGAUAAAACAUUGACAAAUGGAAAGCACUAUAAUAAUUAUCUGCCAAGUGCUACCGCAGAUGCAUGUUCAGUGUAUAAUAAGGAUGCUGUGAAGCGGAUGAUGCUUGAGCAUGAGGCCAUAUUUAAGAAUCAGGUCUAUGAACUCCACCGUUUAUACAGAAUACAAAGGGAUAUGAUGAAUGAAUUUAAAAGGAAAGAAUUGCACAGAAAUCAGAUACCUGUUGAGGCAUCAUUUUCCACAGCUCCGUUGUCAUCCCAAAUAACAGCUGAAGAUGGCCAAAAAUGGCAUAUUUCUGGCUUUCCUGUAGGAAAUUCUACUUGUGCCAAAACAUCUGUUUCAGGUACUGAGGGUAUUCAUUCUCCUGUGGGUUCUAUUAAAGGAAUCAGCAUGCAAGCUGGUCCAAUUUCAUCCCCAAAUGGGGGUAGUUCAAAAGAUGUUGAGGUGCUUGAGUCCAGACCCUCAAAGGUGAGGAGAAAAAUGUUUGACCUUCAGCUCCCUGCUGAUGAGUACAUUGAUACCGAGGAAAGUGAAAAGCUUAGCGAUGAAAAGAUAAGUGGUCCAACAUUAUUUCUUCCUGAUAAAAAUUGUAAAAAUGGAAAGGAUGGUGAUAUAAAACAUUUUUGCUGCAAUGGUGGGAAGACUGGUACCCAGGAGGACACUUCAAGAUCUGAGCAAUCAUUAAGGAGAAGAAAUGGUUUGGCUGACUUAAAUGAACCUGUUCAAGUAGAAGAAACAAGCGAUUCUCCAUAUACACAUAUUCUGAGCCAUAAUCCUGGUCAAGGGGCAACCGAAUGCUCGGAUCUCUCUGCCACUGCCAAACACCAGUCACAAUUUUUUGGUUUAUCCAGGGAACAUUUACUCAACUCACGUCAUGGAACUGACAGUUGGGCUCAAAAUAAUGGAUAUUUGGAGAAGAAUGGGAGUGGAAAAGAGUGGGCUGAGGCAGGGCAAGCUAAAAGCAAUCUACAACCCCUUCCUCAAGUCCUCAAACUGGAGAAAUCGUUUUUGUCUUCCCAAACAGUGCAAGAUGCACUUUGCAAAGCUCAUGAACCUGCAUCCGAUUAUCUAACUGGUCGAAGCAAGACAGAUACGUGGAGGGAAAAGACAGUUAGUGAUUUACAUUUUGGUGAAAGAAGUCAUGAAUACUCCAUCAAUAAGCUUACUGAGGCUGUGGUACCUGUACAUAGACCUGGUCUUUUUGCAAUUGCUCCUUCAUCUGAUUUAUCCAAGUCUUGGUCUCAUUCUGCUUCUUCUUGGGAAAUGGCAAGUAGCAGCCAAAUCCAGAAGUUAAUGUCAGUUCAGACACCUCCGGGUCUUAAUGCAUCUGGUGUCUUGAGUAGGAGUUCCCAGUCACAUCAAAGUAAGGGGAUGUUUGAAGAUAGCUGGCCUUUAAAUAUCAAUUCCAAGCCUAACCUAGGUUCUCGUUGUGAUGUACCUAUACAAAACGGAUUUUACCCUGGAUCUUCAUCUGGGUCCGUGGAACCAUCAAUGAACAUCUCUUCAAUUAGCUAUGACCAUCUCAAUCACAAUGGUAAGAUAAUUCCCGAACAUUUCAUCAACAAUGGUUCAUCAAUAUACUAUAAGGGUUCAAAUUCAAAUUGCAAUGACAUGAAGUCUGGAAAAGAAAUUGACUUGAAUGUGCUGCUUUCAAAUGGUUCAUCCAACAACUUAUUUCCCCAGUCAGGUGUUGGGAUAAUGGAUGGAGAACAGAAGCAUGAGGAGCAUCUUGCAGUGUUGCCUUGGCUUAGAACGAAGACAACUUGUAAGAAUGAAGUACAAAAUACUGAUAGAGGCAUUACUGCAGGACAGUCAAAAUCUUUCCAUGUUGCUUCAUUGUCCAACAAAGAUGAAACUGGAAAGGGGCCUUGCGGAAAAUCUAUGCACACUUCGGUUUUGUGUUCUAAUAAUACUGAACCAAGGAGGACUGAGGUAAGUAAAAGCUCCAGUCAUAAGAAAAUUCUUGGUGUUCCCAUAUUUGAUAUGCCUCAUUUUUCUCCCAAGAAGGAGUUAUCUUCAAUCACUUCUCCCUCUGUGUCAACUCCUAGUCCAUCUGACGUAGAAGCAGUGGAAAAUAAUCAGAAAAAUCAGGUACUUGAUAUUAACUUGCCUUGUGAUGCUGCUGUUCUUGAGUUGGACAAAGAACCAGUCACUGAAGCUGUUGUUGGUAAGACAAGAUCUCCUACAACGAAAGCAGAGUCUAGAAAUCAAAUUGAUCUGAACUUGAGUAUGAGUGAGGAAUCUGAGGAUGAAGUAUCUUUCACAACUAUUCCAACUGCAAGUGUAGUAAUGAAGGCAGAAAUAGAUCUAGAAAUCCCUGCUGUUCCCGAGACAGAGGAGGAUGCUGCUGUUCCUGAAGAAAAGCAGCUUGAAACUUCUCUAGCAUCACCACAGGACUUACAAGAUACAGUUGAACGGCCACAGGAUGAACUUAUGAGAAAUGCGGCCGAGAUCAUUGUUGUCUUGUCAUCUCUUUCCUGUGAUCAAGUGGAUGGUGUGAUCAGUAAUCCAUCAGAAAGUCCAAUAAUGGUGGACCCGCUAAACUGGUUUGUGGAUAUAGUUUCCUCAUUUAAAGAUAAUCUCGAGUGCAAGGGUGGUAUUUCGAGGGAAAAAGUUGGUGAGGAUAAUCAGGAGUGUUCAUCUGAAGGAAUGGAUUACUUUGAGUUCAUGACACUGAAACUGACACAAACCAAGGAAGAAGACUACAUGCCAAAGCCUCUUGUUCCAGAAAACUUCAGAGUGGAAGAAACAACAACUUUGUUGCCUACACGGACGCGAAAGGGGCCAGCAAGGAGAGGGAGGCAGAGGAGGGACUUCCAAAGGGACAUCCUUCCAGGCCUUGCUUCUUUAUCAAGGCAUGAAGUGACAGAAGAUCUUCAGACAUUUGGAGGGCUUAUGAGAGCAACAGGUCAUUCGUGGCAUUCGGGAUUAACAAGGAGAAGCUCUUCUAGGAAUGGCUGUGGCCGGGGGAGGCGCCGGGCGCAGGUUACCCCCUCUCCCACGCCACCAGUGACAACCAUUGAAACUUGCACCCCUCUUAUCCAACAGCUUAAUAACAUAGAAGUGGCAUUGGAGGAUACAAGCCUAACAGGUUGGGGUAAGACAACCAGAAGGCCCCGUAGACAAAGGUACCCUGCAGGUAAUCCGACAUUGAUCCCGUUAACCUAAUCACCAUAAGAGGCUUAAGAGUUAAGAUUUUUAGAUGAGAAUUUAUAGAGGUAAGCUUGGUCAGUUCCAUAUACAUGGGACACAUGAUGUUCUCAGGCAUGGGGAUUUCUCUUGUAAAUUUCUUCAACCCGAAUUUGGGUAUAUGCUUGAUGUGAUACCAACUUGUAUUUUUCUUAAAUAAUGUUGCAUGAUUUCUUCUGAUUAUCUCUUUAUAAAACUGUUGAGAUAUAUACCAGUGUCCUUUCACUUAGUGUUCUCUCACAUUUUGGGAUUUUUACUGAGUUUCUGGUUACACUCA